ACAUUUUUCAGUGAUGAAACAUCGGAUCAAAAAAUAUAUGUUCCAAAAACUAGAAUAUGUUACGAACACAGUAAACAAAGUUUAAUAGACUUCACGCGUUUGCCAAAGUCGCGUUGUUUAGAAUGAACGCAAGGUUGAGUGAGUUUGUGCACACGCGCACUAAAGAGUAGGCGUUCCCUACCGGAAAUAUGAAAAUAUAUGCUAGGUAGCUCGUGCUUGUUCUGCCCACUAUGCUUCGUUUGCUCACACUGUAAACGAGAGAGAUGAACUAUCUUGGAGUCCAUCCCGACGCAUCCGUACCAGUGGAAAAUGAAGCCAGUGGCAAAUGAAGCGUGUAUUAUGGGUCAGACAAGUGCCACAUAUACGCCUUCUGGUGUGUCCCACUGGCAUUGCAUGGCCGCCUGCCACCGCCACUGCUGUCUAGGGCAGAUUGCUCGAUAGAGGGGAAGUCCACUCCUGCAGCUGGGCAGGAAAAAGGGAGACUGGAGAAAGGAGGACAGGAAUGGGUGGAGCAUAAGCAGGCGGGUGAGAAAUGUGUGGAUGAAAGGGGGAUAUGAUUGGUGGAGAACUGAAGUGAGCAAGGGAGGCUGAAUAAGUUAGUGUCUGUGUAUGGGUAGGGGGUGGGUGGUGAUGUGUUGCGUGUGGAGAGAGAGAGAGAUGCUGUUGCCAGGAAACAGUGGGCAUAGAGGACCAUUCACAGCAGUUCAUGGAGUAAAAACACAAAGGGAGACUUGAUAUGUAGGUGGUGUUUUUAGUAUAAACAGGCAGAUAUGAACAGGAUGGUUAUCCCAGCAUGGACUGGAUUAAACCAACAUGAGCAGAGAGGAAAGUACAGUAUAACUACUGAAGAGGAAUUGGCGCUGAUGGACAAGCUAUUAUGGGAUGGAGAGAUGAGAGAUUCUCAUAAACAGAUUUAGAGUCUAGACAGAAAUACAUGGGCAGAAUAGACAACCAGAAACAGUCAUCAUGAUAACAGCACUGAUUCCUUCAAAUUAAAAGGGUAGGGUGGAGCUCUAAAGGAGCCUGUCACUUCAGUCUUCAGGGAGAGUCUCUUUCACACUCCCCUUCCCCAACAGAAGUGGAGGGAGCCGGGGGGGGUUAGGGAACAAAGCUACCCCCUGUCUUCAGACACCUGCUGCUGCUGCCUGACACGGGACGACGAGGGGGGCAACUCACUAGACCCAUGCAUUGACCCUGGUCUGAAGGAUUUCAAUUCCUAGCUGUCCAAUCUCUUCAUCAGUGAAUAAGGAGGGAGGACGCAAAAGGAGGGACGGACAGCAGUGAUUCAAGGGAUCUUUUACUGCCCAUGCUCCACCCCUCCCUUCCAUGGGAUGGGCACCACAGAGGCGACACUACGAAUGGAUAACAUGGAAUGUAAAGAUGAGUGGCAGGAUGAAGACUUCCCCAGGAAGUGACAAGGGAAAUUACACCACGUGUUAAGGGGUAACCUAACGGUGUGUCUGCCUCCCCUGUACAGUGAAUAAGACCACUUCCUGAGGACGGUGACAUGGAGUCUUCCUGUGGUCUCACCAAUGACCGAGCCUCUCCCCCCAACUCUCUGAAUGUUAAUGCAGUUGGAGGAGGCGGAAGUGGAGGAGGGUCCACUCAUCGUAAGCGGCGUACAUUAGUGGCCCCAGACAUGAACUUGUCCCUGGACCACAGCGAGGGUUCCCUGCUGUCUGACGACUUCUUGGAUACGCCCGACGACCUGGACAUCAAUGUGGACGACAUCGAGACCCCCGACGACAACGACUCCCUGGAGUUCAUCACCAACGGCAACGAGCUGGAGUGGGAAGAUGACACGCCAGUGGCCAACGCCAAAGCGGGGCCUGGUGACGGAGAAGAGGAGGAUGGUGCUGAUGGGACGGGGGGUAACGGGCGCCUGUGGAGGACGGUGAUCAUUGGGGAGCAGGAGCACCGCAUCGACAUGCAGAUCAUCAGGCCAUACCUCCGCGUCAUCACCCAUGGGGGUUACUAUGGUGAGGGUCUGAAUGCCAUCAUAGUGUUCUCAGCCUGCUACCUGCCCGACAGCAGCUGUGCAGAUUACCACUACAUCAUGGAGAACCUCUUCCUGUAUGUGGUCAGCAGUCUAGAAAUGCUGGUUGCUGAGGACUAUUUGAUCAUCUACAUGAAUGGAGCCACACCGCGGGGCAAGAUGCCGGGCAUAGGAUGGCUGAAGAAAUGCUAUCAGAUGAUUGAUAGGAGGCUGAGGAAGAACCUGAAGUCUCUGGUCAUCGCCCACCCCACCUGGUUCAUCCGCACUGUGUUGGCCAUAUCUAGGCCUUUUAUCAGUGUGAAGUUUAUGAAUAAGAUCCAGUAUGUGCAUAGUCUGGAUGAGCUGGCAGAGAUAGUCCCCAUGGAACAUGUGCAGGUCCCUGAGUGUGUGGUGCAAUUUGAGGAGGAGAGGAUCAAAGCUCGGAAAGAAAGGAUGGAGCAGGAACAGCAGGAGCAGCCAAACCCACACGCGUCUUCUUCAGCCACGGCAGAGAGGCCCAAGUCAAUGAUCACAGGGCAAGGAAUCUGAAAGGGACCUCCUCCUCUUUAUUCAUAUCAUACCAUGUUGUUGAAAGAAGUUUGGAGCAUGAAAACUGUGUUUAUAAGAAGAAACAUGAAGUCCAACCAGUCUAAGAAUACUUCCUAAUCUGUAAAUAUCAAGCUGAAGAUUUUUCCAUCAAGAUAUUAAACUCCUCAACAUGCGCACACACUCCUCAGCGGUUCUUAGGUUGCCAACUGAUUCCAUCAGGACAUUCCAAGGAAUUGUCUGUUCUGGGGACUGUACAACUCCAUGUUACAUCAUUUUACGACCGCUGAAAGUAGUUACUUUUAAAUGCAGCCCCCAGUCACCACCAUGAGUUUUGUAUCCAUUAUCAAAUAUAGAUGACACUUUUGCCUAAGUCAAGAUGUAAGAAAAACUAACAUGAAUAUUGUAGAAAAUGUUCCACCGGACAUAAAUGGUGUAAGGUGUCAGUGGCAGGCAGGUAACCAGACCUUUUACAGUUUUGUGUUGGAGGCUCUUGCAGGGACAAUGGUAGACUAGACUUGAGUAUGUAUUAAGUACUGUAUACAGACCGUGUUGGAUGGUGUGUCCUAGGAGCUGCACUGAGGGCUCUGCCAGGCCUAGUUUCUGAGAGGAAGAUAUGCCUUAGAGAAGAAGAGGGGAGGAGGAACAGAGAGUCAGGCAAUGCCCCUUAGUGCUCAGCAUUGGUGUGCUGUGGCAUCAUUUCACCCAUUAGCGCUAUGCUAGCCCUUGAACAUUUAGAUGUAGACUGGAAUGCUUUGCGAGACAUCGGAUGCCUUCACCUUUGCUUCAUUUUGGCCUCAUAAUUUGUCCGAGUACAGGUUUUAUUUUUAAUCAACUGUGUUGCAUUAAUAAUUUGGAUGUCAUCAUGUUUCAUAUACCCAGAUUGGUCCGGGGAUCAUUCAGUGCCCAACUUACCAACCCAUGUACCUUACAUUCUGAUGUGCCUCAGGAUUCUUGUCUGUACAUGAAUAUGGGGGCCCACUGAAAGUAAGAACAAGAAAUGUGCUGGUUUGACUGUAAUGUCACGAGGACUGCAUUUCAUUUCAUUUUUUCAGUCAUUGAUGUUGUGACUUAAUGAUAUCAUUUCUGUAUCAUGCUGUGUUGUGGGUGCAGUCAAAGCAUGCCAACAUGUUGUCAGCAUGUAAUGUACCUUCAGAUGUCCUAUUGGAUUAUGGACCAGUCGCCUAAUGGUCAAUCUUCUAUUGGAUACUUACCUACCGGGUGGUAGAGGGGAGGAAGUGUUAAGAGUUUUUAUUUUUGUAAGAAUUACAUACAUACAUGUAUUUUAGGUGUUGUUUUGCACUAUAGAAUUUGAUUGUCAUUAAAUUGUGAGCAUAACAUCUAUAUGUGUAUAUUUGGGGACAGGUUGCCUUCCUAAUAUGUAACUCAAGAUGGAUUUUUGUGUGCUCUUCUAAUUUUUGUACAAGUAUACUGUAGUACAAUCAAUAUCAUGCAUUGUAUUUGUAUGUCAACCCGUCUAGACAAGUAUGAUAAUCAAAAAUGUCUCUUUCUGAAGUGCCAUCCAACUUCAAAUGAUACCUUGAUAAAUCUAAAACAUAACAGAAGUCAUUUUCUGUGGACAGGUUUGUGGAUGGCGAUGGGACUAGAGGUGAUUGAUAUUCAAUGGACAAAGUAAGAAAAUGGCUUCCAAACAUUUGUAUACACAUAAUUGGAGUGUUGCGUUAGAACAUUGGACAGAUUAAUUUGCCUUUGAUUUCUGGUAGAGAAAUACCUAUCCCGUCAAAAGAUAGGCUUAAACGUGGCACAGAAUUGCAGGAGUUCUUCUGCAGUCUCCCAAAGCUGCUGGAGAGAGAGUGCUGUUUUCUAAAGGAUGUCAGCUCUUCUGAGUGCCUCUCCUUCUUUUCACCAAAUUCUACACAGAAAACUAUGAUAUGGAAUGUACAAUUCUAAAUUGACUACUGGGAUUUUUUCCCAAAUUGCUAGUAAACUGAUUUUGUUGACACUAGUGUAUUUUGUUUUGGUAAAAGGUUCUACAUGGAAAGCAACCACUGAGUGUCCAAAAAUGUCUUUCAAUCAUAUUUUCAGUCUUUAAAAGCACAAUAUGUUAUUACACUGGAAGAUUUGGAAGAGAUCAGUGGGCAAUUUGUCGGCUGGAAUACUGUAUGUAGCUUAUUUUUCAAAAGUGCAAAGCUUAAAAUGGGGUUGGGAUAUGUAGCUAUGUAGUUUGGAUGUCCUUUAGAUUGUGAUGUACAUUCUUCCAUGUAAAUACAAAUAAAUAAACUGUUCCACCCAACAA